UCUCAUUCUGCAAGGCUUUAGGGUUUUAGGUUCACAAAAAUCUUUUGCCAGCAUGCUCGUUUGGAAGCCUGAAGCAAGCGAUGCCUCCACCAAUCCUGAAGCGCGGAGCGGCAACAUCUGGAUCUAAGAAGGGCGGUAGAGCCACGCGAGGGACCAACAAGACCCAGAAUCAUCAGCCCGAAGCUGUCGAAGAGUUCCCAAAGAUAGAGGAAGGAACAAUCAUCGAUGAAAAUCCUGUUCUCCAGGAGAAGUUGGACGUUGACGACAAACCAUACGUUGAACGAAAGUCGGUUCUUGAAGCUGAUGAGGGAUCCAAAUCGAACCUUAAGAGCUCGUCAUCGUUGAAAAGCUAAACAGCUCUACCGCAGACAGAGUGAAAGACAAUUCGUUGCCAAACAGCCUUUCGUGGAGUCUGUUAUCACUUUUCUCAAUCCUCCGGAAGUCUCUCGUUUCUCUGGUUAGUGACUGCCCAAGGGUUCUGGAUUUGCAGUUUUUGAAGAAAUGGGAAGUGGGGUU